AGAAGAAGCGGGUUAGUUAAAUGAUUCCAGCGACGGCGGCGGCAAAGCGAUCAUCAUCAAUCCUGUCCCCUGUGUGUUGAAUUGAUGGAAACCCAAGUAAAGAAUUUCGAAAGCUACGUUCUUGUUCACAACAUAGCCAAGAGGCAUAACGUCGGCACCCUUGCUCGCAGCGCCACAGCCUUCGGCGUCACCGAGCUAGUUCUAGUCGGUCGACGUGAUUUCAACGCCUUUGGCAGCCACGGUUCCACUUCUCAUGUCCGAUUCCGCCAUUUCCACUCUCUUUCCGACGCUCGCCGCUACCUCAAGGAGGAAAGAGAUUGCGAUAUAUGCGGUGUGGAGAUCACUGAUGAUGCAGUUGCUGUAAAUCAGCAACCUUUCAAGAAGAGCACUGCGUUUCUCCUCGGCAAUGAGGGAACUGGACUUUCUGCAAAAGAAUGUGAAAUGUGUGACUUCUUUGUCUAUAUCCCACAGUAUGGAUGUGGCACUGCUUCCUUGAAUGUUACAGUAGCAGCUUCCAUUGUUCUUCAUCAUUUUGGAGCUUGGGCAGGAUUCUCUGAGAGAUCGAGAGAUGGAAACAAAUAUGUGGUGGCGGAUAGACCUGCGAAACAAGGAAGAAGGAACUACUGCGCAGACGAUGCAGAUAAUGUUGCUGAGGAGCGGAGACUGAAAAGAGAGAAUGAUUCGAACGGGUUAUUAGAUGAAAACAGUAAGAAUUCACUUCUUGAUGCAUUAUUUGUAGAAGAAGAAUGAAGAGUGAAAUCAAUUCACUUCUUUCUUUUUGGCCUGAUUGUUUAUUAUGGAGGUUCCAUUUGGGUACAUACU